AUGGAGAAGACGGCAAGUCGGAUGUAUGGUGGUCUACUGUCACCAGGCAUGAUUGGUUCCUUUGGAGGCUUUAUGCCUGCACCGCCUCCACCGCCAUCCAACUUCUACGAUUUGACAGCAUUUCAACAACAACAACAACAACAACAACAGCAGCAGCAACGCCUUCUGCAACAGCAACAACAGCAACAACGACCGUCAUCCAAUUCAGCCACCUCCACCUCCUCCACUUCGGGUUCAUCCGCGACGCCUUCCACUACAUCAGCGUCUGGCAGUGGUGGUGGUGGCGGCGUCGGCGGUGUUGAUGCUCUGUCCCCCUCCUCAACCUCUUCUGCCUCCGCUCUUCAUUCCGAACUAUUCAAUGCAGCGAGUGAAAGGGAGAGAGGAGGUGCACCACUCCUCCUCCGCCUCGCCUUCCCCAAGUCUCUCCUCUUCUCACCUUUGUAUAUCGCAAUGCUUGAUUUCGCUUGGCUUUUUGGCAUUACUACUCGCGACGCCACUAGUGCCACCAUUGGAGAAGUCCACAAGUCAUGUGACCGGAGCGGUGAUAAGCCUCAAGCCUCAAAAAACCCUUUCCAAAGUUUUUAUGCUGUCUUUGCUGCAGCCGGAUUCUACGGAAUGGCAGCCUAUGGUCAGCCAAUGCCCAGUCACUUCAGUGUAGCUCCGCCUUCGCCUUACGCCGCUCCAUCGGCAGGUCGUCACUUUGCAGCUGCGGCGGCUGCAGCAGCAGCAGUUUUGGGUAGCUGCUUCUAUCCCACUCGCUCUCCACCUGAGGCUGCAGUCUUCUCACCACCACCGCCACCACCACCACCGCCUCCGCCAGCACCUGCAGUGCCAUCGGGACCCGCUGCUGUUCCUCCAUCUCUUCCUACCGCUGGUACAGCCAAUUCCUCUGGUGCUGCUCUCUCGGCGCCUGCCACGCCGGCCGCGCAACAUUCCUCCGCAUCCUCCGCCUCCGCCAGUGCCGCUGCUGCGGCCGCCGCCACUGCUGCCUCCGCCACCGCUGCUGCCUCUGCUGCUGCCGCAGCUGCUGCGUUACUGUCCAGUCCUCUAGCUGCUGUUGCAGCUGCUUCUUCGCCGUCCUUCACCCCCAAGUUAGUCAAUCGUCCACUUCUUUGGUUUUGA